AUGUCCUCCAAUCUAUGGGGAACCAAGAAGGAUCAAGAUGACGAGGACCACCGCAACGGCGCCGGAGGAGCAGCUCGAGACUCUGAGGACAUGGACAGGGCCCCAGAUGAACACACUCGCCUGCUGCCGAACCGCCUCGAAUCGACGCAUUAUCUCAGCCCCGACGACCCGGCUGUCUCGCCGUACAAUUUGUGGUCUGUCCGCUUCUUGCGGUAUCUGACCAUUUUCCUGACCUUGGCCACCUUUGUCUGGUGGGUUAUCCAGCUCGUCUCGCAGUUUGUCACGCUGCCUGGCUUCCACACGAGGGGCUCCGGCUUCUUCUCCUUCAGCUAUGCCAGCAUCACUUUGGCCAAUCUGCUGUUCACCCUGAUUUUCUUUGCCAUCCCGGCAAAGGCGGUGCGCAUCAUGAGUAUUCUCAUGGGCGCGUUUUUGCUUAUCGACGUCAUUUUGGUCACGGCAGUUGACAAGACAAGACAUGAGGAAGGUUGGGUGGGAAUGGUCAGUAUACUAUGGGCAUUUGUCAUUGCCAUAUGGGUCCUCGCUACGGACCGCCUUGUUCUCUGGGGAAAGAAUGAAGAGGAGGAACGGCUUACUGGACGGGCUGAAACCCGACGGAGCCUGGGCGAAUGGACCGCGGUCCUCAUCUCGACCAUUGCCAUGGCCAUUUUCAAUGUUGUCCUCUUCCUCAUGACUUGUACACUCAUCCUGCGCGCACUCGACGCCGGCUUGGCUCCUCCAGGCAAGUUGUAUGCCGUCGAUGACGACAAGUACCAUUUGCAUGUGUUCUGCAAAGGAAACAGCACCGACGCCAAGGGCACAAAGCUGCCGACAGUCCUCUUCGAGGCCGAUGGACCGGUCGAGCACGGUCUCUGGCAAUUCGCCGAUGCCGCUAUCAACAAUGGCUCCAUUAGUCGAUACUGUUUCGUUGACCGUCCGGGCUUUGCCUGGAGCGACACGGCGCCCUCCCCUUCCUCCGCCGGCAUGGUCGUCGAGGCUGUCAGUGAGGCUCUGGCUCGUGCGGGCGAGGACGGUCCCUGGGUCCUCGUUGGUUCUGGCGCUGGCUCCAUCUAUUCGCGCAUCUUUUCUGCGCGCCACGGCGACACCGUCAAGGGUCUGGUCUUGCUCGACCCUUUGCACGAGGACCUGCUUGGGUUGAUUGGUGCACCGGAUCGAGGAUUCCUCCUUUGGCUCCGCGGCAUCUUGUCGCCGCUGGGCCUCGACCGGGUCCCUGGCGCUCUGUUCAAGGGCCGCAACAAGGAAGACCGCGUUUGGGGCCAGUCGGCCUACCAGACCGGCAAAUACAUAUUUGCCAAGCUACAGGAGAAUCUGGUGGCGGAAUCGCUGACCAAGCGCGACGUUGCCAGCAGCCGUGCCAUCCAGUAUCGUGACACGCCCCUGACUGUCAUUAGUUCCGGGCAGCAGGUCCGUGAAGACGACGAAUGGGAGAAGAAGCAGCGGGACCUCACGCGCCUGACUGGCAAACUGCGCCACUGGGACAUUGUGAAUAAGGCGCCGCAUGAGGUCUGGCAGACAUUCGAGGGUCGCGAGACUGUCGAAAAAAGGAUGAAGCAAAUGGUUUACGCUUAA